CUAAGAACCGAAAGACUGGUUCGUAAACAAUGACCGAUCUCUAAAAAAAAACAAUGACUGCCUAAGAAACUUAUUAAGUAGUUUGAAAAAUCCCAUUAUUUCCAUGCUCAUUUUGUAUAAUUCCAUUAUUUCCACCCAAUAUCAAAUUUACAAUUAUGGCAUCAUCUUGCUACAAUCACAAACCUCAUCUUCUUGCUUUCUUUCAUGUUACAUUAACAUUCUUGCUUCUUGUAACAUCUCGUGCAGCUCCAUUAUCAUUCAACUAUGAACAACUUGGUGGUGACAAAACAAAUACCUUCAAUAUUUCAGGUGAUGUCUCUCAAGACAACCAAGUCCUCCAACUCACAAAGUAUAAGGAACACAGUCUAGGCAGAGUCACAUAUUCAAAAUUGUUUCAUCUUUGGGACAUAAAAACAAGCGAAGUCACAGAUUUCAAUACUCGUUUCUCAUUUACUAUCAACACCCCCAACAAAACCCAUCAUGCAGAUGGCAUGACCUUCUAUUUGGCACACCCCAAUUUUCCCAUGUCCCAAAUAUAUGGAGGCGGAAUCGGUCUUGCGAGCCUUGUUCAAUUGAGUAAUCCAGAUUACACAAAAGAAAAUCCAUUUGUAGCUGUGGAAUUUGAUACAUUUGUUAAUGAAUGGGAUCCUAACUAUGAUCAUGUUGGGAUUGAUGUUAAUUCUAUCAGCACUAAUCACGCUACACAAUGGUUCACUAGCAUGGAUGAAAGAGGAUAUGAUGCUGAAGUCAGUUACGAUUCAAGUUCAAACAAUUUAACUGUCACAUUUACAGGUUACCAACAUAAUAACACAAUUCAACAACACCUGUUUUAUGUUGUUAACCUGAGAGAUGUUUUGCCUGAUUGGGUUGAAUUUGGAUUCACUUCAGCAACAGGAACUUUUUGGGAGUAUCAUACUCUUAGCUCAUGGUCAUUCAACUCAAGUUUAGAUUUUGAAGCAAAAGAAGAUGGAACAAAAACAGGACUAGUUAUAGGACUCGGUGUUGGUGGAGCUGUUGCUUUGAUUUGUGUUAUUGGGCUGGUUUGUCUUGUGAAAUGGAAGCUGAAGAAGAAAGGCAUGAAGGAUGCUUUGCAUUUUGAUCUUGCAAUGGAUAGUGAUUUUGAAAGAAUCUCUCUACCUAAGAAAUUUAUAUAUGAAGAACUUGCUAGAUCAACUAACAACUUUGCAAAUGAACACAAAAUUGGAGCUGGAGGUUUUGGAGCAGUGUACAAGGGAUUUAUAAGAGACUUGAAACAUCAUGUUGCAAUUAAGAAGGUUUCUAAGGAAUCAAAUCAAGGAGUGAAGGAAUAUGCAUCUGAAGUCAAAGUCAUUAGCCAAUUGAGGCAUAAGAAUUUGGUCCAACUCUAUGGCUGGUGUCACAAGCAGAAUGAUCUGCUUUUAGUUUAUGAGUUUGUGGAAAAUGGAAGCUUAGAUUCUUAUAUUUUCAAAGGAAAAGGUUUGCUGAUAUGGACAGUGAGAUACAAUAUAGCUAGAGGUUUGGCCUCGGCAUUAUUGUACCUGCAUGAAGAGUGUGAGCAUUGUGUGCUACAUAGAGACAUAAAAUCAAGCAAUGUUAUGUUGGAUUCUAAUUUCAAUACAAAGCUUGGAGAUUUCGGGCUGGCUAGACUAAUGAACCAUGAGACAGAAUCAAAGACAACUGUUUUAGCAGGAACAUAUGGAUAUCUAUCACCUGAAGCUGCUACAAGAGGAAAGGCUAGUAGAGAAUCUGAUGUAUACAGUUUUGGAGUUGUUGCUUUGGAAAUAGCUUGUGGUAGAAAGGCAAUUGAACCAAGUCUUAGUGAAGAACAUAUUUACUUGGUGGAUUGGGUUUGCGAACUAUAUGGUAAUGGUGAUCUUCUUAAAGCAGCUGAUUCAAGAUUAUAUGGUGAAUUUAAUGAGAAGGAAGUAGAGAGGUUAAUGAUAGUUGGACUUUGGUGUACUCAUACAGAUCAUCUUCAGAGGCCUAUGAUUAGGCAAGUUGUUCAAGUGCUUAACUUUGAUGCUCCAUUACCUAAUCUUCCAUUACAGAUGAAUGCAUCUACCUAUAAUACAUCUUUCAAUUCUGUGUAUUCUAAAUCUAAGAUUUCUGGUUUUGAAAAUAACCAAACUGGGACCUCAACUUCAAGUGAUAGCACUAUCACAGGGUCCUCACAAUCAAGCACAGCCUUUGAAGUCGUAUCUCCAUCCGCUGCACUUCUACAUAAAUAAUAGUUUGAUUGAAUUUUUUUAAUCUGUAUUUUUUCCUUUCUUUUGGAAGCUUUAUUUUCUGCUUUGAAUUGAGAUUUAUUUCACUUGCAUCUUUCAUUACAGAUGCUUUAGCAAUAAUCUAUUGAAAGAUGCAAGUAAAAUAAAUCAUCAUAAUACAUCAGUGCCACAAAUAAUUUUAAGUCUUUAAUAUGUAUUCCUCUAAAAAAAAGUCUUCAAUAUGUAUUGAUCCAAUGCUUUUUUCUUUUACCUUCAACAUCAAAUGUAAAAACUAAGGGCGCAACACAAGUGCUGAGAAGCAGGCCUCUUGACAAAUCAAUGUCUCUUUUGUGUGAAUCUUUUCUAAUUAAUUAAAUGUUCUAUUUGACUGUUUUCUAA